AAAAGACCAGAAGAAGAAAAAGUAUCUGCACGCGCAUCUGUAGCUAGUAACCGGUUGUAAACAAAGUGUGAACCCACUCUGAACAGUGGAGAAAACAUCUUGUGUUUGUCUUUGAACCACACAGGAGGUAAACAGGCGGACAGGAACUACUUUACGAGAUGGUGCAGCUGCACGUGAAGCGCGGAGACGAGAGCCAGUUUCUUUUUAGCAGCACAGUGGACGCGCCUCUGGAGACGGUGAUCCAGCAAAUUACAGCCAUUUACAACGGGAGACUCAAAGUGGAAAGAAUAUGUUCAGAGAUCCCAGAGCUGGCAGACCAUGGCAUCACAUUGCCACCCAACAUGCAGGGGCUGACAGAGGAGCAGAUCGUGGAGCUGAACCUGAUAGAUGAAUGGGAAGAUAAGUGCGUGCCCAGCGGAGGGCCAGUACUCAGGAAGGACGAGAUUGGGAGGAGGAACGGACAAGCUCCAAAUGAUAAAAUGAAGGAGGUAUUAAUGAGAACAGUGGAGGAAGCAAAGGCACUUAUCUCCAAAAAACAAGUUCAAGCUAAUGUGUGCUUUACCAUGGAGAUGGUAAAAGAAGCCCUGGAUCAGCUAAGGGGUGCGGUCAUGAUUGUAUAUCCCAUGGGGCUGCCUCCUCAUGACCCUAUCAGGAUGGAGUUUGAGGAUCGGGAAGACCUUUCAGGAACACAGGCAUCUCUGCAGGUGAUCACAGAGGACGAGUGCCAGCUAUGGUGGGCUGGCAAAGAGAUGCAGAGAGGGAAAAAACUGCAGGACUACAUUGGCAAAAAUGAAAAGACCAAGCUAGUUAUUAAAAUCCAAAAGAAAGGGCAGGGGGCACCAGCGAGAGAGCCUCUGCUCAGUGAUGAGCAGCAGAAACACAUGAUGAUGCAUUACCACAGAAGGCAGGAGGAGCUCAAGAAACUGGAGGAGACGGAUGAUGAUAGCCAUAUGGACUCAGAGUGGUCUGACAGACAGGCCCUCAAAAGACAGUUUCAGGGCCUCACCAACAUAAAAUGGGGUCCGAGAUAAAGACAAAUAACUCUGAUUGCCACCUUGACCACUAUGAUGCCUUAUCAGGAUCAUUUGACAUCUCUUGGUGUCAAAAACCAAGCAAUUUACUGAAAUGUAAAGAAUGUGUAUGGACACAUUGUAUGAUAAAACAGGUAAUGAUGUCACACUGAGGCUGAUAUUAUAAACCUGAUUUAUUUGACCUUGAAUCUGAUCCCUGUACACCUUCUGAUUGUAUCACCCUGUUGUAAAGUAACAUUUUUUUUAUUGAAGCUGUGAAAACAAAAUAAAAUGUAAGUUUUA